AGAUAAGUGACUUCAUCCUCAGUUCCUGGAAAGAUCCGUCUAUAACUGUAUAUAAGAGCUGGUGUUUCUCUGGUUCAGGACGACUGAAGCUACAGACACUGAGAAGGAAGAAGAGAAGAUCGUUCUGCAGCAGGUAAUCAUCAUCUUCAACAUCUGCAUCAUCUCCACCAUGAAGACGCUGACUCUGUCUGCACUUCUUUGUGCCAUGAUGGCUCUGACCAGAGCUGCUGCUCUUCCAGACGCAGAGGCUGGACCUGGGUCAGAGGGAUCUGCUGUCCAAGCAGAGAGUCGUGUUGUCAAGAGGUCCCCAUGUUGUCCUGAGGGUUGGACUGCUUUCAACAGUCGCUGUUUCCUCUACGUUGCAAAAGCCAUGAGUUGGGCUGUGGCUGAGACAAACUGUCAGUUCCUGGGUGGAAACCUUGCAUCUGUUCACAACAUCCAGGAGUACCAAGAGAUUCAGAGGACGAUAGUGAAAGACUCUCAUAAUCAAGGAGAAACAUGGAUCGGAGGGUCUGAUGCAGAACAGGAGGGAUUUUGGUUCUGGAGUGAUGGUACACCUUUCAGCUUUACUCAGUGGUGUCCUGGACAACCUGAUAACUUUCAAGGUCAUCAGAACUGUCUGCUAAUGAAUUUUUCAGAUCUGAAAGGCUGGGAUGACCGUGGUUGUGAAGCUCAGUUCCCAUCUGUCUGUGUCAGAAAUGUCUGAUAAAAGCACAAACACUGAUUUGUGCUUUUGAUUUCUGUUUGUCUCUCUGUGAGGAAACUCGUCUCU